AUGGAUUCCUGCAUAACCACGUGCAGACUGCUGAAGUCGUCGAGAGCUUUUCAUCUCAGCCUCACGACAGGAGCCGGUCGCGGUAAGAGUCUUGUCCACGAGUGGUUGAUUGACCACGUCGUCUUUUGUUCUAUCGCGUCUUUGCCCAAGAAUAUCACGGGUAAUACGACCGUCACAGCAUCUGAAAGUCCGGAAAUGGGCAACACGGACAUGGACAACGCGACACUGGCUGGGGUCGUCUCAGCCAUCAUCACAUUCCUAGCCCUCGUUGUGUCGUCCGUUCAACUGUUAUACCAAUAUUACACUAACGUAAACCUUUCUGCCCUUGGAUCGCGAAACUGUAACGACAUGGUCAUGGGCCCGUGGGCCGAGCUGACCGACAAGAAAUGGCGUUGGCUGGAGUUCCGGUAUGAAGUCAUUUUCAAAUCGCCCAUCAUCUUCGUCUCGUGGCCGAGCAACAAUAAGGGGCCCGUCAACAAAGCCCCAAUCUACUCCAUGCGAGGGACUCCCCAAAGUUUCAAGGACACCAGAAUCUGGCAACCUGAUGUUGAACAGCUUGCGCAGCAAAAGGAGAUAUUGCAAGCAGGGUUACCUUCUUACACACUAGAGGGACAAUCCGAUAAUGUCAAGGAGGACUCCUUGAAAGUAGAGAAGUCGGAAGAAGAGGAAGUCGAGAGGACCCGGCGAAGUCUCCUGCGUCUUGGUCUCAACAGAGAAGCCUCUUGGGCCACCAUGUUACGAGAGUUGCAGGUCAUGGAGCGCGACAGCACCAAGUGGCAGGAAGAGCUGGGGGGAGGGCGGGAAAGUAUACAAUUGUUCGAGAGACGAACUUUGGCCGUUGCCAUCCAACCACGCGCCUACUCCUGGGACAUGGUUCCUAAUUUCAAGAAUCCUCUUGCCCAGACGGUCCUAACCCACCUCGUGGAAAUCGCAGCAAUGCUAGGAAUCUACUGGACUGUAUGGGACUCUGCCGGGGACCGUUACCGUGCAGAGGGCAACGGCUUCAUCUUGUUCGGCUCGUACAGACCAGAACAAGGACUGGUCUUCCAGUUCUUGAGAGCCGGCCGGUCAAGCUUCAAGGGAAACCGCAUCAUGCCAGCUGAUGAAGUCAAGAAAUUUUGCUUCGGAUUUGCACCAACUCUGUUCUGCUAUCAGCAUGACCAGACCCACCGAGCAAAACACCUUGUCAAUGAUGAUUUGGGGACGAUCCCGGAGUUGAAACUUGGGAGCAAGCAAGACAUCGCUGAGACUCUUAGCGAGAUUGGCUGUCCAAAGUCGACAGCAGACCGUUCCUUGGGGGAACGUAAAACGUCCCACAUAUUUCCUAUGGCAUUUGAGAUUCUCGGUAUGCUAGGCAUGACAUUACGUUGGCGCAAUUCUGCGUUUCGUGUACUACCGAACCCUACCAUAUUCUGCUGGGAUCGUAGAGGAUUCAAGACCAGAUUGUUACUCGAUGGCUUCAGAAAAUACUUCAAGGAUCAUAUCAACAAGGCACAGACACAAGAAAUCACGCCAGUUCAGCCCAAUCUAGCAACUCCAGCUGCCCAGCCCGGGCAUCCAGCUCAAAGAAGAGCAUAUAUCACAGCCAACGACGUUGAAGUUACUUGUCGAGCUUCUAGACAGACUAUACGAUCUGUUGCCAUCGAAAGUCGAGGACUAUGA